AUGGUAACCAGAGGCCUUGUAUUCAUCCGUUGCCACGGCAGAUACUUCGUCUACUACAAUAUGUACGAUAGUUAUCUUGAAGGCCUUGGGGAGGCUAUCGAACAACAGAUUCCUGCAAAUGUUGAAAAGUACCACGAAUGGCUCGAAUCAAUGCGAAAGGUAUUCGCCGUACUUGUCCAGAAGCUCAAAGCACAGUAUCUCCCGCUUACCAUCCCUGAUUUUCCUUCGCAUGGAGGCUCUACAUCCUCUCUUGCCCAGAGGUACAUGAAGAGCUUUCUUGCCGUUGACGACAGGCUUGAUAUGCCACCAAUGCAAACUCUAUUACCCCAUCUGUGGCGAAGCUGCAUCGACUAUAUGUACACACUCGAUCUUGACCGUGAGCUUCUGGGCGUUGACCACUCGGUGUAUUUCAAGCUAUCUGAGAUCCCACGUGGUGGACGUUGGCAUCAAUACCUUGAUUGGGACGAAAACCGCUUCCGUAUGGUGUUGCGGGGGGACACCCCUCAAAAUAUUCUGGGUGAUGCUGCCUUGAAACCGAGUAUUAACAGUGAAGCAAGGGCCAAAUAUGAUGCCAUAGCCAUUGAACUAAUGCCGUCGGAGGUUUGCUUCGGUUCAUCCGGCACGCUGCCCCCCCGCGCGGCCUUGCUGCUGAGUACCUUCUCUUGUAUUCACAGCUCGUUCAAGGAACUCCUCGACCCGUUCAUCUUGGAAUGGACACCCGAGAGUUUUUCGUUCCGAGAAAUAGCAUUUGCGCUUCUGUCAAUUGCUGCUGGAGAAGUGACCUUCGAGUCCGUCCGAGCUCUCGAUAAAAACUACGAGACAGAGGGCUACUACAUCCUUCCAGAUGCACCUCAAAACCGGACCUAUUGGUUCAGCAAUAUCCUCGUACACCUAGCUUCGAGGCUGGACAUGGUCGAUGUUGAAAAGGCAGCGGUCAUCGAAGCAGUAGACGCCGGACUUGAUCAAGGUUUGGAUGAAUUCUAUGCGAUGAUCUUCUCUAUCUCGGACGUUAUCCUUGUCCAUGUCCAGAAGGGGGACGGUAGAGUGCGUGUUCAGAGGUCAGACUUGAUGCCUCUGUUCUGCUUCCAUGAGCAGAGCUCUAGGUAUCUAAAAGGACCCCGUAUAAGGAUAACGCAAGACACCCAGCCGCCUAUGCCAGGUACCGAUGCCAAUCAUACAUUACAAUACAAGAUACAGAUAGAGGACGACACUUCUCGUUGCAGCAAGGCGAGUGACGGCAAUGAUGACGUGAAGACCAUGAUUAAAGGUAAAAAGACGAAUGUCAAUCUUACUUUCAUAUUGAUGGUACAAUUUCUGGAUAGAGCCGCCCGACUGCGUUUGGCGGAUGCGACGUCACGCAAGGUCCCCAAUGAAAUUCUGACUUCCAUCAUGCAUUUCACGGACACCCAAACGUACAAAAACCUGGCCAAUGUGUCUGCCAGUUGCCGACAGUUGAGUGAUCGCAAGUUCCGUUUGACUGAUAGCUACGAUGUGGUUGGCACUGAUGCCCAAAGCAUGGGGACCUCCCGUCGGUUCAUCAUGGAAGAUAUCCAUACUGGGGAGAGGUUCUAUCCCGAAAUGCAACGCUCUCAUAGCAACGCAUUGGAUUUCAGUUUCGGUCGCAAUGCCCCGGAGAAUGCCCCGGAGAACAUGCUUGAAUUGUAUAUCGUGAUCGGAGAAGAAAGUACGAGGAGGAGGAAUAUCAUAAGCUUAGCGACCUUGCGGUUCCAAAAUUUACCCCCGACAGACACGCGCUGUACCAAAUCAGUCGAGAUGCCUGUUCCGGAGUGGUACUGCCACGAUUUCGGAAGAACUUGGGUCGUUCCAACGCUUUUUAGAAUACCUGACUACCAGUAUCUCGGCUUUAUCGAGAACGCAUGGGGCAAAUACCUCCGCACGACGCUCGAACAAGAGUCUAGAUGCCCUGAGUUGGCCAAAGCCGGGCAGAUACUUAGCGCCCGGUACCGAUGCCUCCUGCCGCUAGGGUACCGUGAGCUGCGCAUGGCGCACCACGACUGUAAUGGCCUGCAAGCCUUUCUGCGCCACCCACAAGAUGAGAGUCAUGAGGAAUGGAUGAAGACCAUCGAAUAUGCAGUGCACCGGCUUAGUCGCAAAGAACAGUACCCCACUGUGUUUCUUGAACGAGGGUGCCCUGCGGUUAUAGCCUUCGGUACGAGGGUGAAACUGUUUUACUACGUCUAUCACCGCGAAGAGGCACCCGUUCUCCCGCCCAAUGCAAGUCCCGCCAAUAUCCAGUAUGCUGUAUCUUGUACCGACCCCGAGCCCAAGCAUCGUCUAGUGCAGCUUAUUCCUGGGAGCGAACCGAUCAAUUUGAAGCAUACAAAUGACCUCGUCAAGUUUGAAGAAUGGCUUCGGGUCUUCUGUAACAACAAGGAUAUAGAAACAGAAUGGGAUCCAAUUACCGGGGAACACAUCACCAUGACUCGUCGAACAAGAGAAGUCAAGGAUACCGAGUAA